UGAGCACGCCAAAUGUGGAUGCUCUCCUCUCUCUCUUGCACGUUUGAGUACGCCAGGUACUCCCUUUUUGCUCUCUCUCUUUUCUCCCGGGCGCUUGCUGAUGAAACCCGCACCGACUGUCUUAUGACGUCAUCGCGACUCUGAGAGCGCCCACAAUCCCUUUGGUAGAUUGGCCUGGUCCUCCGAGUUCUCCCUCUGGCUGGGGCCGCGACAAGUGAACAAUAAAAAAUUAGAGAUAAUUGAAACCGCGAUAUAGAGAGAGGAUAGCGGUACGUCAACAGACCCACAUAUAACGAAUGUUUCUUUUCUCUGCACGUGUUGCCUGUUGUUACAAUAGCGAUUUUUCAGGAUUCCAAUGGAGCCAAGCCGGCAGAGUGCCCCGCGGAAGAUUCAGCAUGCGUUAGGCCCAACUACACUUACAUCGAAAUGAUUGCGAUGGCAAUCGAGUCUGUGCCCAGCAAACAGAUGCGAGUGUCCGGUAUCUACCAAUAUUUCAUGGAUAAAUUUGCGUACUUUCGGAACGAUGGGGAGUGCUGGAGACGAAAUGUCCGUAAGAUCUUGAGCUGCGAUCGCAAAUUUGCUAGGGUCCCGAAUGACUGGGCAACAGGUCCGAGCCACUACUGGACCCUCUCUGAAUACAUUGAUACCAUAACACGAGUGCAGAACAUUUAUACCUCUGCCAUACCAGCUCGCCACUAUGAACCGGACAUCAAAGGAACCGAACCGACAGAGUGUCCUCCGGAAAAUUCAACAUGCGUUAAACCUGACUAUUCCUAUUCGGAAUUAGUUAUAAUGGCGAUCGAGUCAGCACCUAACAAGCAAAUGAGGGUGUCUGAAAUCUAUCAAUAUCUUAAAGGCAAAUUCGAGUAUUUCCGGAACGAAGGGAAUUGUUGGAGAAAUAACAUCCGAAAUGCUUUGAAUCGAACACCCGGAGUCACGACAGUCCUAAUGGACCGGACACCUGGUAUCAGGAAAAUCUACUGGACCCUCAGUAAAUAUACUGAUACUAUAACUCAAAGGCCUGGCAUUUCCACUUUUGCCAAUUCGUCUUGUAAAUCUGAGUAUCUUGGACAGGAUACCGCUGGGACAGAACCGAGACCGUAUCUUUCGGAAAAUUCAGCGUGUAUUAGACCCAACUACUCCUAUUCGAAAUUGAUUGAAAUGGCCAUCAACUCCGUGCCUACCAAGCGAAUGAAGGUGGCUGAAAUCUACAAAUAUAUAAUGGACAAAUUCGAGUAUUUCCGGAACGAUGGAAAGUGUUGGAGAGCUAACGUAAGAAAUGAGUUGAGCAAAAAACCCAAGUUUGCAAUACACCCCAGAGACGUGUCAUUAAAUAUCGCAAAGAAAGUUUACUGGAUCCUUAGUAAAUACAUAAAAACCACAACUCGAGUGCCCAGCAUUUUUGUUUCUGCCACUUUGUCUCGUAAAUCUGGAGACCACGGACAGACUCUUGAGACAGGUGAGACCACUUGUCCUCCGGAAAAUUCUGGUUGCAGGAAACCGUCACACUUUGCUUGAGAAAUAUAAUCACGAUGGUGAUCAACUCCACUCAGAGCAAGCGAAUGAAGCUGGCUGAAAGAUACAUUUAAAUUUGUGGUAACUUUAAGUAGUACCAAAACCAUGGGCAUUGUUGGCGAGGUUAUACUCAAAGCACGAUCGUUA